AUUUAAACCAAGCUUGUGAUUUGAAGUUUGAACAAAACGCAGACAAAAUUUCUUUAGUUUUUCGUUCUUUGUUGAAGUGUAUUGUUUUCUAUCCCUCGCGCAAUCUGGCCACACUGUUGUCUGCAUUUUCGUCACAUCGUGAAAAAAUCGGCGCGCCAUUUCUGAGCACUUUUGCGUCUGGCUCGCUCUGUUUGUGCAGACUAGGCAAAUUCGCGAGUAUUUAUUUGUAUUUGACAGAGCCCGGCCCGCCCCCAAUACCUGGAAAAGGUCCCGCCGCCACCAUUUUGACAAACGUGGUGAAAUCAAAGCAUUGCUCAUAGCGAUACUUUGCAUUUUGGAGGACAAAGGGGAUUUACCAAGUAUAUGUGAGACAUCUGACCAUCGACACUGAGCAACAUGUUUGGCGGCUCGAAACCCAGCUUCGGCACCACCCCGACGGCUUCAAGCUUCGGCGGCUUCAGCGGCACCACGGCGGCCACUCCGUUUGGGCAGUCGGCGUUUGGCAAACCGGCGGCUCCGGCCUUCGGGAACACCUCCACCUUCGCCGCCCAGCCGGCGCAGCAGUCGCUCUUUGGAGCAGCGGCCACGCCUGCUCAGCCCGCUGGAGGUUUAUUUGGGGCCAACACAUCCACUGCUUUCGGGAGCACCGCCACAGCGCAGCCCACGGCAUUUGGAGCCUUCUCGCAACCGCAGCAAACCUCGAACAUAUUUGGAUCCACCCAGACGCCAGCAAGCACCUCCCUCUUUGGCUCGUCGACGUUGAACGCCUUUGCACCUCCAAACGCCAAACCGACGAUGACGGCCUUUGGACAGACGGCUGCCGCCCAGCCAACUAGCUCUUUGUUUGGCCAACCUGCUGCCGCCACUAGCACCGCAGGAUUCGGAUCCUUUGGAACCACUGCGCCCACCACCACCAGUGUGUUUGGCAGCGGCACAGCCUCGGCUUUUGCCCAUCCGCAGGCCACAGCCGUGGGAGCGACUGGGGUCAAUACGGGCACCGCCGUAGUGAAGUACCAACCCACUCUCGGCACCGAUACCCUGAUGAAAAGCGGUCAGCCCAACAAUGUCAACACCAAGCAGCACUGCAUCACGGCCAUGAAGGAGUACGAGGGCAAGUCGCUGGAGGAGCUGCGCUUGGAAGACUAUAUGUGCGGGCGCAAGGGUCCGCAGGCGGGCAGUGCUCCGGGGGCCUUUGGAUUCGGAGCUCAGGUGGCGCAGCCCGCCCAACCGGCGGCCGGUGGAUUGUUUGGCAGCACGACGCAGCCGAGUACGGGUCUGUUCGGUCAGGCGGUGACCGAAAACAAGAGCAUGUUCGGCAGCACUGCCUUUGGGCAGCAGUCAGUGGCUACCAACGCCUUCGCAGCAACUGGACAGCAAAACAACUUCCUGCAAAAGCCCUUUGGAGCCACCACCGCCACGCCCUUCGCCGCCCCAGCAGCAGAUGCGUCCAAUCCCUUCGGUGCGAAGCCAGCCUUUGGACAAACAGGAAGCCUGUUCGGACAGGCACCUGCGACCAGUGCCGCUCCUGCUUUCGGACAGACGAACACUGGAUUCGGAGGCUUUGGAUCCACUGCGGGCGCUACCACGCAGACGUCGCUAUUUGGAACCACACCCGCCACCGAUCCAAAUAAGUCGGCCUUUGGACUGGGCACUGCUGCGCCGGCAGCCAAUACCGGUUUUGGAUUUGGAGCUCCGGCCACGAGCACUGCAGGCGGAGGACUCUUUGGAAGCAAGCCCGCCACGAGCUUCGCUGCACCUGCUUUUGGAGCCACCUCCACGGCCAGCGCACCAUUCUCAGGCUUUGGUAUGAGCGCCAGUACACCAGCCACGGGCGGAGGACUCUUCAACUCGGGACUGAACAAGCCGGCAACCUCGGGAUUCGGAGGGUUUGGAGCCACCACUGCAGCACCACUUAAUUUCAACGCAGGCAACACGGGCGGAUCGCUUUUCGGAAAUGCGCAAAAGCCAGGAGGAAGCCUCUUUGGAGGAGCAACCACGACCUUGGGCGGCACGGGAGCUGCCCCAACUGGAGGACUUUUUGGAGGCAAUACUGGUGGCUUCGGAGGCGUCGGCGGCUCCUUGGGCGGCGGAUUUGGCGGUGUCGGGGCAAACAACUCGUUAACCGGAGGACUCAUGGGCGCCCAGCCCACAAUGGGUAUUAUGACGCCCUCAUACCAGCCCAUACACCAGCAGAUUCUGGCCAGAGUCACUUCACCCUAUGGAGACUCUCCCAUUUUUAAGGAUCUGAAGCACAGCGACGAGGCAGACGCAACCAGGGCCACAAAUCCGGCUGCCCAGCAGGCGGUGUUGGACAUGAGCAACAACCAGUAUAAGAUUGCCACCAAGGACAGUCUGGCGCCAGUGAAGGUGAAAGCCCUGGGCAGCACUCUGAAUAGAAAAUCACUUUUCGAUGGCCUCGAGGAAUUCGAUGCGACUGUAGAGGGUUUUAAUCUGAAGCCCAAUGCCAAGCGUUUGGUUAUCAAGCCCAAGGUAAAGAACGUGGAGAGCGGAAAUCCCUCUAACUCGAUCGGCAGUCGUCCCAGCACGCCCCAGUCUCACCCCAAAGUGGCAACUCCCAGCAAAGAACGCGAAUCUUUUGGCGGAGCCAUUCCUAGUGAACCACUACCACCAGCAGGAAACUCCCCUGGAGCGCCAAAGGGAAGGGAUAGCCGCGACAGCCAGGACAUCAGUCGCCGAGAGUCGUGGCUGCAUCCGAACAACCUGGAGAAGGUGCGCCAGCACAACAUUCAGACCGGAAUGGAUCAGGGAUCGCCCCACAACAGCACCGUCAACGAGCUGGUGCCACGCAAGCCGCUGGACACAUACCGACCCUCGUCCACCGUUCGCCUCUCAGUGUCCACCAUCCCGGAGAACCCGUUUGAGGAUCAGUCUAGCACAAUAGCCCGGCGCGAUACGUUCACCUCGGAUCAGGCCAACGACAGCGUGCUCUCGAGCAGGUCUCACGAGGCGGAAGACAGCACGGCGAAUCGGUCCCGCCUGGCCAUCGAGGCGGCAGCUGCAGAGCCGGCAGACUACGAGGCCCAUCCCACUGGCAUUGUGUUGCGACGAGUGGGUUACUAUACGAUUCCAUCGCUGGAUGACCUGCGCUCCUACCUAGCCGAGGACGGAUCCUGUGUGGUUCCAAAUUUUACGGUGGGUCGCGAGGGCUACGGCAAUGUAUUCUUCGGCAAGGAGAUGGAUGUGGCUGGUCUGAAUCUCGAUGAGAUCGUUCACUUUCGCAACAAGGAGGUUAUUAUUUACCCUGAUGACGACAACAAGCCGUCCAUUGGCAAUGGCCUGAACCGAGACGCGCAGGUCACCCUAGACCAGGUGUGGCCUCUGGACAAGACCAAGCACGAGGCCAUCAAGGAGCCGCAACGCCUGCUCGAAAUGGACUGGGAGGGCAAGCUGCGUCGGGUGUGUGACAAGAACGAUACGCGCUUCAUUGAGUACCGUCCGGAAACAGGCAGCUGGGUCUUCCGCGUCAAGCACUUCUCCAAAUACGGGCUGGGCGACAGUGACGAGGAGGACGACGUGCCCACCGACCCAAAGAAGGCCAAAAUGGCGGCGCUUGAGGCCCAGCAGAGGGCAACCGCUGAAAAAAUGACACUUACCUCGCUUCGCCAGGCGCAGAAGAUUUCGGAGGACGCAGCUCGUAACCUGGAUCCCAAGUCGUUGGUCGCUGGAGUGGCCAGCGGAUUCCGGCCAAUGGAUGACACAGCCGAGUUUAUGUUAAUGGACAAGACACAAUUUUUCCAAGCCGGAGCUAACUCAGAUUUCUCCAUGUUUGAUGCGCCGCGCCAUCGACCAACCAUCACCAGCCCCACGGCCGCCCUGGCCCAGCAUAUGGUGGGUAACGAGACGCACAAAAUGCAGCUGAUGAAGUCGUCUCUUUUUGUGGACGAUAAUGCCAGCGAGGACGAGCCCAUGGAACGACAUCUUCGUCAUCGUACAUCCUUCAAUGUGGAUCUCAAUGCCUGGAAAGAUGGGGCAUCCGAGUGCUCCAGUCAGUACGAUUUUGGACACCCAUCGCCUGCCCUGCCAGUCUCUUCUUCUGUCUCUGAGGCCAGCCUGUUGUGUGAUGCCAACUACGAGGGGACCUCUUCGAUGGCAACUGGCAGCAUCGUGGCACCCCUAAAGGAUAACAAGACGGAGUCGACUGUCGUUAAGGCCUUCAAGUUUGUGUGCAAGCCGAAAGUGGCUGCGGUUAAGGUGCACGCCACCACGGUUCCCUUGCCGCGAUCCAUUGCUCAUGAAAUGCGCCAUAAGUGGAUCGCCGAUUUGGGAUUCUACAAGGGGCGCAGCUUUAAGCUGAGCUUUGGCCCGCAUAACUCGUUGGUUCUGCCCAACACCUUCAACAACAUGCUUAACCUCAAAGAAUUUACUGGACCAUCCCUGCCCGCCUCAAUGGUUUUUGCGCCCCGCUCGGCCACCGAUAUGUCGCACAAUGUGAUGCAACUGGUACAAUUUCACAUGGUCAAAGGAAACGAGGGCAUUCUCGAGAGCAUUGUUCCCCAUUUGGAGGUUCAGCUGAGCGACUGCAUUUCGGUUGAGGUGGAGGGCAGCGAGUGCCCUUGGAUACAGCCCGAAAGCGGAACCACACUGGUUUCGAAGCACUUCUCCGAGUCGCUGAAGCAGAGGAACGCUGGCCUGAAAGAAGAGUACGCCGUGUCCGUGUGGUCGCUCCUGUUCGCGCUCUGGGGCGAUCACGAUGAGCUGGUGGAUUUGGAAAAGAACUCCCACUACACGGUCAUGUGUCGGCGCAAUCUUUUAUCCGAAUGGCUUGAGAACACGCUGAUGGCUAAGGAUCUGCUCUCGAAGAAGGUGAGCAGCUACAGCUAUCUUGAACACAUGUUGGAGCUGCUCAGCUGCCACCGGGUAAAUGAAGCUUGCGAGUUGGCCUUUAACUACGAUGACGCCAACCUGGCCCUCGUGCUGGCCCAACUUAGUUCAGGAGCUGUUUUCCGGCUGCUGAUGGAGGAGCAGCUGUAUGCCUGGCAGCAGAGCAAGUCGGACAAGUACAUCGACCUGGAGCGCCUGAAGAUGUACAUGCUUGCCGCCGGAGUGCCCAUGAUGCAGUCUUCCCAGGGGGCCAUCAAUUUGCUGGAGGACAACAACUGGCUGACAGUGCUGGCCAUGCAACUGUGGUACUUCACAGCCCCAACCUCCACCAUCACGGAUGCCCUUAAUGCCUAUAACAAGGCUUUCCAAGCGGAGGAGUGCUAUGCAGAGCCACCGAAGCCCAGCUACAAGGACGCACCCACUGAAACUAAGAAACCUGUUUACGACCUGCGCUACCACCUGCUCCAGCUUUACUCGAAGCGAACGCAUUCCCUGGAAGAGACCCUCAACCCGAUAACUCAUACCGCCGAUCCCAUGGACUUCCGUCUAAGCUGGCUGCUGUUACAAACUCUGCGAGCUCUUGGCUACCGCCACUGUUCUCCUUUAACGGAGGCUCGUCUCUCCGUGGACUUCGCUAGCCAGCUGGAGAACGAAGGGCUCUGGCAUUGGAGCAUCUUUGUGCUGCUGCACAUCAAGCGGCGGCCACAAAGGGAACGAGCAGUUCAGCAAAUGCUGGAGCGGAACGUGAGCGUAUCCGCCAAGGUGCCACUGAAUGCGGAGGAACGCUUUGUCGUCGAGGAGUUGGGUAUUCCGAUGUCUUGGGUGGACUAUGCGAAGGCGGUGAAGGCCGGUGCCUCUGGAAUGCGUCACCUUCAGGCCAAGUACUUGCUGAAGGCCAAACAUUUUGCACCGGCGCACGAGGUCAUAUUCCAAUACAUUGCACCCCAUGCCAUCAUAAACGGAAAAUUGGAUUAUCUGCACAACCUGCUCAUUCAGUUCGAGGACACAGAGGGCAGCAGCAUCCGGGUGCCCAACUGGGCCAACCAGGGCCAGAUAUUCCUGGACUUUAUCGACAUCAGUGCCAAGUUCAAUCAAAUCCGUAAUGUGACUAACAUUGCCGAUAUCAAUGCGCGCUGGGAGAACUUGAAGCCGCAGCUAAGCGAACUCUGCUCGCGCAUCGGCCUCCUACCGUGUCCCACCUCCAAGCACCGGCUCUGCCAGAGUGAGAUUUCACAGAGUCUCAGCUGUCUGGUGCGCGGCUUGUGCAUUGUCUGCCCCGAGAUGGAAACAUCGUCUGUGCUGAAAGUGGCGCUGGAGCGACUUCCGCUGCCGCAGGAGUUCUCCUCGAAGGAGCUGCGCAUUUGGUUGGAGGAACUGCUGGAGAAGAUCGAGAACGAGCCGCCGCGUAGCCAGCAGGAGCAGCAGCAGAAGCAGCAGCAGCAGCCCACCCUGAUGGAGACAUAGGAGCUGCUAAAUGCUUCAAGAUACAAUUUCUAGUUUAGGUUCGAAUUAACUUAGGUAUAAUCAAUUGAUUAGCAUCUCCCUCGCACACGAAAGAAAGCCAGCUGUAGAAUAGGUUCGAGAACGGCAUCAUGUAUUUGUGAUUGCUUUAUAGUUAGAAAUGUUUCGUCAUAAAAGAGACCAUACCAGAAAAAUGAUAGAUUUUGUUGAUUUGUUUUCAUAAUUACUUUUUGAUCACUCCCGGUAUAA